AUGGCUCCGGCGAGAACGAGCACGGAGUGGGAUCACCAAUACAACACAUUACGCCGCGAGAACCUUUUCAGGAACCCACCCACCGAUCACAGUGCCUACCCUCUCCUACAGAUCGCCGUAAACCCACACAUCGAGGCUUUCAAUGCGCUUUUUCCCUCAGACGGGAGGAAAGGCCUCAUAGACCAUGGACUAGCCGACAUUGGGACCAAGACAUUCUUCGACAGCCCUGACGGCUCCUCCGCAGGCGCCAGAAACAAGUUGACUGUCCGAUACAAGAGCGUGUCACUUCAAAAAUCACUCCUUCCACCGAGUAACAAAUUCGCCAAAAACCGCGAGAUCUACCCGGCCGAGUGCAGAGAGAGGCAUUCAACAUAUCGUGGAAAGCUCACCGCGACUCUCGAGUACAGAAUCAACGAUGGGGAUCCCCACGAGUUCGUCAGAGAACUUGGCAACAUGCCUAUCAUGGUCAAGUCCAACAAAUGCCAUCUCGAGAACAAUUCUCCAGCUCUGCUGGUGCAGAGAAAAGAAGAAUCGGAAGAGCUGGGCGGCUACUUCAUAGUCAACGGCAACGAAAAGAUCAUCCGGCUGCUUAUGAUGAACAAACGCAAUUUCCCCCUCGCGAUCAAUCGCCCGAGUUUCACAAAUCGAGGCCAGGCAUACACCCCCUACGGCAUCAUAAUGCGAUGUCUAAGACCAGACGAAACAUCCCAGACGAACGUCCUCCACUACCUCGACGAUGGAAAUGUCACCUUUCGAUUCUCGUGGAGGAAGAACGAAUACCUCGUGCCCGUCAUGAUGAUCUUGAAGGCACUGGUGGAGACAAACGACCGCGAGAUCUUCGAGGGCCUAAUCGGCGCGGCGGGCUCAAAGGGCACAGACAACACCUUUCUGACGGACCGGGUGGAGCUGCUCCUCCGGACGUACAAGGCGUACGGCCUGUACAGCAAGAGCAAGACGCGAGCCUACCUGGGAGAGAAGUUCCGUGUCGUGUUGGGCGUUCCAGACACCAUGUCAAAUUAUGAUGUCGGCACAGAAUUUCUGCGGCGGGUCGUCCUUGUCCACUUGGGCAAUGUGAAUGUGACUGAGGAACAGGAUGCGGACAAAUUUAAGAUGAUUCUCUUCAUGAUCCGCAAGCUCUAUGCGCUUGUCGCCGGGGACUGCGCUGUGGACAACCCCGAUGCUGUGCAGAACCAAGAGAUUCUUCUGGGUGGUUUCCUGUACGGUCAGAUCUUGAAGGAACGCCUCGAGGAACUCUUGGCUGUGAAUCUCAGGGCUUCCUUGCGAGACUACUUCCGGAAGAAGCCUGCAAACAACUUUACAUCACCGGCAUUUGGAAAGGACUUCCCGGCUGCGAUCUUCCGGAGGACGACAGAGAACAUCGGCCAGCUUCUGGAAUAUUUCCUCUCCACGGGCAACUUGCAGAGCCCAUCUGGUCUGGAUCUGCAGCAGGUUUCUGGCUUCACGGUUGUCGCAGAGAAGCUCAAUUUCCUGCGCUUCAUCAGUCAUUUCCGUAUGGUCCAUCGUGGUAGCUUCUUUGCGCAGCUGAAGACGACAACGGUGCGAAAGCUGCUGCCAGAAUCGUGGGGUUUCUUGUGUCCCGUUCACACGCCUGAUGGUUCGCCUUGUGGCCUGCUAAACCAUCUCGCUCACAAGUGCAUCAUCAUGACCGACGAUGUCGAUGCAUCUGCUGUGCCUCAGCUGGCUGUCGAGCUUGGUGUGGUCGACACAUCCUCGGCUGCUACCACGGAGAGCGUUCCGGUCCUGCUCGAUGGCAAGAUCAUCGGCUGGUGCACACCGCAAGAAUCCAAGAGAAUUGCAGACACAUUGAGGUACUGGAAGGUCGAAGGCUCCCACAACGUACCGAAACAGCUCGAGAUUGGCUACGUGCCACCGUCCAAUGGAGGGUCUUAUCCCGGCAUUUUCAUGUCCUCCUCUCCUGCGCGGAUGGUAAGGCCGGUCAAGUACCUCCCGUUGGACAAGGAAGAUUUUGUGGGACCGUAUGAGCAACCCUAUAUGUCUAUCGCCUGCGUCGACUCGGAGAUCGCCUCCGGAGAAUCGACACAUGUCGAAUUCGACCCGACGAAUAUUCUAUCUAUUUUGGCCAACAUGACCCCCUUCUCCGACUUCAACCAAUCUCCCCGAAACAUGUACCAGUGUCAGAUGGGUAAACAGACAAUGGGAACACCAGGAACUGCCAUCCGCCACCGGACAGACAACAAGAUGUACCGUUUACAGACGGGACAGACACCCAUUGUGAGAGCUCCUCUGCAUAAUGCGUACGGCUUCGACAAUUUCCCCAACGGCACAAACGCAGUCGUCGCCGUCAUCUCGUACACGGGGUAUGACAUGGACGACGCUAUGAUCAUCAACAAGUCUGCCCACGAGAGGGGUUUCGGUCACGGAACCAUCUACAAGACCAAAAAGAUCAGCCUGAAGGACGACUCGAGAACUCGAUCGUCGGCUACCAUAGAGAAGAUGUUCGGCUUUGCGCCCAGCAACGCGGCACGCUCAUGGCAGCGCGAUUCUCUUGACGCGGACGGCAUGCCAUACAUUGGCCAGGAGGUCAAGUCGGGCGACUUGAUAUGUGCAUGGCACACUGUGUCUCCCGACGGCCAUGGUGGGCUCGAGAACAAGGAUGGUGUGACACAUUUCGAGAAGUACAAGGAGGAUGAGGUCGCAUACAUCGAGGAGGUACGCGUGAUCGGGAGUGAGAGCGGCAAUGAACCAGCCCAGACGCUGUCCAUCAAGUUCAGGAUACCUCGGUCCCCUGUCAUCGGUGACAAGUUCUCGUCGAGACACGGCCAGAAGGGUGUAUGCUCCCAGAAAUGGCCAUCGAUCGACAUGCCGUUCUCCGAGUCGGGCAUCCAGCCCGAUGUCAUCAUCAACCCCCACGCUUUUCCAUCGCGCAUGACAAUUGGUAUGUUUGUGGAGUCUCUUGCCGGCAAGGCUGGCGCUCUCCACGGGCUUGCCCAGGACUCGACGCCCUUCAAGUUCGACGAAGAGAAUACGGCCGCGGACUACUUUGGCCACCAGCUGAUGAAGGCCGGCUACAACUUCCACGGCAACGAGCCUAUGUACUCGGGCAUCACCGGCGAGGAAUUCGCUGCAGACAUCUACCUCGGCGUCGUCUACUACCAGCGCCUGCGUCACAUGGUCAACGACAAGUACCAGGUACGAACCACAGGACCCGUCGUCCCGCUCACCGGCCAGCCUAUCAAGGGCCGAAAGAAGGGCGGCGGUAUCCGUGUCGGUGAAAUGGAGCGUGACGCCCUUCUCGCCCACGGGACGGCCUUCCUACUGCAGGACCGCCUGCUUAACUGCUCCGACUACACCAAGACAUGGAUCUGCCGAAAGUGCGGCUCGUUCCUGUCAGUGCAGCCGACAGUCACGCCAUAUAUCGGCAAGAAGAGGACGGUGGAUACCGUCCGCUGCAGGAACUGCGCGCGCCGUCUGGAUGACGAGAUGGCUAUGGAGGUGGAUGGAGAGAUCUGGGAGGAUGGCCAGGGGAACCAGUGGGUCGGUGGCGAGGAUGUUACUGUCAUCGCUGUCCCUGGUGCACUGAAGUAUCUGGACGUGGAGCUGGCGGCCAUGGGAGUCAAGCUCAAAUACCACAUCGAUCCGGCAGACAAAGACCGCCCAGGGAGGACGAUGAAGAGGACGGGAUUGGAUGAGUGGCAGAAGGGGGCGCAGGCGUUGACGGUUUCCUCAUGACACCAUAGCCAUGGGCUGUCUAUCCAUUGGCGUAUUCAAAAUGACUUAUAAGCAUGUUGCAUUUCGCUCAUAAUUAUCAUUAUGAUCAUCAU